AUGGCUACUAAAAGACAAACCGACGACCCGUUUAGUAAAGAAGUGCUCCGUCUCCGGGCCGAGUAUGAACACCGUCGCGUUACUACCAAUCUAUAUCCACCUGGCGGUCGACCGCAUCUCGAACUGGAUCUCCAGCGCGGUGACAAGUCUUAUAUGACGUACUGGUUCGACGACGGCACCGAGAAUGGCCAGUGUGUACGCAUCUUCGAUGUUCCCGGUACUCUCUCGGGCGAUAUCCUACGGCUCUAUCGCAACCUGCCACCCUUUUCAGGUCACAUUGAGAUCGAUGGCGACGACAUACGUCCAUUGAGCUGCUGUCCGGAGCAUCCCGAGUUCACAAGGGAUGACUCUGAGGAUGUGAGCGAGCUCGUUGCCAAACUACCUCUCGUUGAUGUCGACCCAACGAAGCACUUUGUCAAGAAAGGCAAGUACCGAAGCGAGAUCGAAAAUCUCAUCAGGUGCCAGGGCGGCUCUGUACCAGGCCAUUUACUCUCUCCGAACAUUAUCCAGCUUCUUGGCAGGUCUAGAGAUGGGCACCUCGUCUUCGAAAAGCUGUCGUCAAGCGCACGCACCCUCGGUCGCUUCUCCUCCUUGACUAUCUACAAGAGCUGGAUUCUACAACUCAUCGACGCCUUGGAUUGUCUCCACUCGGUUGGCGUCGUCCAUCGCGACUUACGCGCUGAUAACCUCCUCUUUUCAAAUGACGGGGAGCGACUGGUGGUUUGUGAUCUCGAAAGCCGUUGGGGGGAGCGGUCGGCACCAGAGGUUGCUUUCCAAGGAGGCCUGGAGGACUCGGGGUGGUCCCCUAGAUCCGACAUAUAUGAUAUUGGGAACUGUAUUAAAAGCAUGGUUUACGCGAACGGGCCAAUCACGCACUUUGUCGAAUGGCCUGUUCCACCUCCGCUCCAGGCCAUCGUCGACGCGUGCAUGUAUCCGAGGCCGGAGGAGCGUCCAACUCUGGCCGACUUACGUAUCAUGGUGGGGGAGAUUCAAACGUGA